AGGCCACCUGCUCCUUCUCUGAAUACUUUUCGCUGCUUAUCUCGUAAAAGAGAAGGAAAGAGGAGAAAAAGGAGAAGAGCCCCCAAAAAAGGGGUGCGAGAGAAAGAGAGGGAGAAUGGCGGUGGCGGAGCUGUGGGAGACUUUGAAGCAUGCGAUCGAGGCCUACACGGGGCUGUCCCCGGCGACCUUCUUCACUGUGCUGGCCCUGGCUGCCGCCUUCUACCAUGUCGUCUCCGGCUUCCUGCGGCCUCCUGUCGCCCCGAUGAAGCGCGAGGUCGAGUUCGAGGCGGUGGAGCCGCUCCCGCCCCCCGUCCAGCUUGGCGAGGUCACCGAGGAGGAGCUCAAGGCUUACGAUGGCUCCGAUCCUAAGAAGCCCCUACUCAUGGCCAUCAAGGGCCAGAUCUACGACGUCACGCAGAGCAGGAUGUUUUAUGGACCUGGUGGCCCAUACGCCUUAUUUGCUGGUAAAGAUGCUAGUAGGGCAUUAGCAAAAAUGUCCUUUGAACCAAAGGAUUUGACUGGUGAUAUUUCUGGUCUUGGCCCCUUUGAGCUUGAGGCGUUGCAGGACUGGGAAUACAAGUUCAUGAGCAAAUAUGUGAAGGUGGGGACAAUUACGAAAACUGUGCCUGUGGAAGAUGCGUCCGUAGGCAGUGCCUCUGAAACAACGGAGAGAGCUGCCGAUACCACUGACAGCGGCCGUACAGAGAGUGAAGUAGGCCAUGCCGCAGAAUCCAAGGAGACUGGUCAAGCAGACCUUGGUGCUAAAUCAGAGCAUAUAGCAGAAUCAAAGGAGGAUGAUGGUCCAGCUGGUCAUGGUAGCGAGGGAGAGCGUAAGGCAGAAUGGAAGGUCGAUGGUCCAGCAGAACAUGAUGGUGAAGGUGAUGCUGUUGGCCAUGGUGCAGAUCCAAAGGAAGUUGGUGCAGGUGAAGGAACCAAAGAGUAGUUCAAUAGACCUUGGAUAUAUAAAAGAGCUGAGAGGGGCUUUGCUUGUACACAAACAUAUAUGAUACAAAGAACUUGAAUAAAGUUCUCUUCUCAGAGGCAGGGGAGGGGCGUUCUUUCCCUUUAUGUUUGUAUGACAGGUUGAUAAGUGUAGCCCGGUGAGACUUAAAAUAGUUAUCUUGUUGCCUUUUCUGAUAUCCUGUAGUGUCCUAUAAUUUCUGUUUAUUAACAGUUUUAUUGCAGAGAGAAUUGCUAUAUGGAGUAAUCUUCCUGAUGGUUGUCA